GGGAGCGGCCUGGAGGGAGGAACUGUUCCUGCAGGCGUCCUGGCCGCCCACAAGAUCAUGGCCAGCUCUCCAGACAUGGACCUGGCCACGGUCUCCGCCCUCAGGAAAAUGGGGGUGAACCUGACGCCCCACAACAAGGAGACGGUGCAGCACAGCGACGUGCUCUUCCUGGCAGUCAAGCCGCACAUCAUCCCCUUCAUCCUGGACGAGGUCGGCGCCCACAUCGAGAGCCGGCACAUCGUCGUGUCCUGCGCAGCCGGCGUCACCAUCAGCAGCAUCGAGAAGAAGCUCAGGGCGUUCCAGCCGGCCCCCAAAGUCAUCCGCUGCAUGACCAACACGCCGGUGGUGGUGCGGGAGGGGGCCACCGUGUACGCCACGGGCACCCACGCCCAAGUGGAGGACGGACGGCUCCUGGAGCAGCUGCUGGGGAGCGUGGGCUUCUGCGCGGAGGUGGAGGAGGACCUGAUCGAUGCCGUCACGGGGCUCAGUGGCAGCGGGCCCGCCUACGCGUUCACAGCCCUCGAUGCCUUGGCUGACGGGGGCGUGAAGAUGGGGCUUCCCAGGCGCCUGGCAGUCCGCCUCGGGGCCCAGGCUCUGCUGGGUGCUGCCAAGAUGCUGCUGGACUCGGAGCAGCACCCAGGGCAGCUCAAGGACAACGUGUGCUCCCCCGGAGGCGCCACCAUCCACGCCCUGCACGUGCUGGAGAGCGGGGGCUUCCGCUCCCUGCUCAUCAACGCCGUGGAGGCCUCCUGCAUCCGCACCCGGGAGCUGCAGUCCAUGGCCGACCAGGAGAAGGUCUCGCCCGCUGCCAUUAAGAAGACCGUCCUGGACAAGGUGAAGCUGGACUCUCCGGGGGCCGCGCCGGCCGCUUCGGGCCACUCCAAGCUGCUCCCCCGCAGUGUGGCCCCGGCGGGCAAGAAGGACUGAGGGUCCCGCCUGCGCACCGGGCUGCCCUCUGCCUUCCCUCUCCUGGGCUUGGAGCUCCUGCGCUGGGCGUCUCUAGGCCCAGGCCACACAGGGUGUCGUGUCCGCAUGGUGGCCUGCCCAUGGCUCUGGUCAACUUGGGCCAAGCAGGGUCAUAGCUAGGGGGGAUACAUCACUUCCCAGUGGGAGCCUCCCUGAGCGCUUCCUGGCCCAGGAGAGGGGUGGACUCUCUGAGUGCAACCUCCUCCUUCCUCUGCUCCCAGCUCAGAGGGGUUCAGCUCCCAGUGUCAGCUGUCCUGGGGCUUGGCCCCUUCCUAAGCACAGAGGUCAAGGUUCCCCGUCCAGAAGGCCCAGCCAUGGAGAGAGCCCCCUCCCACGCCUGCCACUUCCCCAGCCUCCUCACGCAGGGACACCUCCCUCGGUGUCGGGGGGACCAGCAUUCUGACCUCAGAGGAGGGACCUUGGUUCUUGGCCGGCUGCCAGCUGCCCCUUGCUCCCACUUGACACCUGAGAAAAGGGCUCCUCGGGCAGGUGGCUGUCCAGGUUGUCGGAGCACUCAGGCCACUGUCUCCCCCUCCUGGCCUUUUAGGUUCAAUAAACUGGUUUCCAGCCCUAA